ACAAUUUGAUUGUGUUUCCCUUUAGCUGAUUCAAUCAAAAAGCUUUCGCCCUUUCUGCAACUCUCUCUCUCUCUCUCAAAAGCUGCCCCAUUCCCCCUCCCCCCACUAUUUUAAGUUCAUAAGCGCUCAACAAAAAACAAAGUCAGGUUUUGAUUCUCUCUCUUUUCAAAGAAAACAAAGAAAAUUUUGAGUCCUGCAUAAUCAAGAAGUUCUCCCGAAACCCAUGCUUCCAAGGGUUAGUGGCGGUGUUAUUUGGAUGGAAGAUAAAGAAGAUGAAGACUCAGCUUCAUGGAACCGAACCAGCUACAACAGCAGCAAUAAUAAUAACAACAAUAACAGUGGUGUUAUAAUGGAGAACAAAGAAGAUAUGGGUACUUUUUCAACAUUCAAAUCCAUGUUAGAUGAUGAAUGGUACGUAGGAAACAACAGCAUUUCAAGCCAUCAAGAUAUUAGAGACCUUUCCUUUACUUCAAAUCUUGGUGACCAUCAUCAAGAUAAUCUUUUGCUCCAUCAUCAUUCUCUUCCUUCAGUGGAUUCUUCAUCUUCAUGUUCACCAUCUUCCUCCGUUUUCAACCAUCUUGACCCAUCUCAGGUACAGUACUUUUGCCAACCAAAACCAAACUUAUCUUCAAUCCUUAAUUUUGUUUCUAAUAGCCCUUUAGACCAUGGUUUUGAUUUGAGUGAAAUUGGGUUCCUUGACAACCAAGCAACAAUUGGUACUACUUUGUUGAACAGGGGAAAUGCUGGGGUUUUGGGUAGUUUAACUGAUCUAGGUCAUGAUAAUCAUUUAGACCCUGCUAAUUUGUGUCCUGAGGCUCAGUUUUCGAGUUCUCGGAUAGUUCAGCUACCAGAAAAUGGUACCGGGUUUGCUGGUUUUGAAGGGUUUGAUGAGAAUCCUGGAAAUGCUCUGUUUUUAAAGAGAUCUAAGUUGUUAAGGCCACUAGAAAGUUGUCCUUCCGUUGGAGCACAACCUACUUUAUUCCAAAAAAGAGCAGCUAUGAGGAAGAAUUCAGCUGAUAGUGGACCAAAUUUCGGGGUGUUGGAUGGAGGAAAGUUUAGUGUUUCAAGUGGUACUGAGGGAGAUAAAGGGAAGAAAGAAAUGGGUAAAGAAGAGAAUGAGAAGAGGAAAAUUAACAACAGAGAUGAUGUAGAAGAUGUGAGCAUUGAUGAGUCAGCUCUGAACUAUGAUUCAGAUGAGUUUACUGAGAAUACCAAGGUGGAGGAAACUCUUAAAAAUGGGGGAAAUACCAUAAAUGCAAACACUAAUGCUACUGGAGGAGACCAAAACCAAAAGGGUAAAAGGAAAGGGCUUCCUGCUAAGAAUUUGAUGGCUGAGAGGCGCCGUCGAAAGAAACUCAAUGAUAGGCUUUACAUGUUGCGCUCUGUUGUUCCAAAGAUUAGCAAAAUGGAUAGAGCUUCAAUUCUCGGGGAUGCUAUCGAGUACCUGAAGGAACUUCUACAGAGAAUCAAUGACCUCCACAAUGAAUUGGAGUCAACCCUUCCAAGCUCCUCACUGACACCUACAACCAGCAGUUUCCAUCCAUUGACACCCACUCCAGCUACCUUUCCUAGCCGUAUCAAGGAUGAACUUGGCCCCAGUUCAUCACCAGGUCUGAAUGGACAGCCAGCAAGAGUUGAAGUACGGCUGAGAGAAGGAAAAGCUGUAAAUAUCCACAUGUUCUGUGGGCGGAGACCAGGUCUUUUGCUCUCCAUAAUCAGGGCUUUGGACAACCUUGGACUUGACGCCCAGCAAGCAGUCAUUAGCUGUUUCAACGGUUUUUCCAUGGAUAUCUUUCGAGCUGAGCAAUGCAAGGAAGGGCAGGACAUCAAUCCUGGGAAUAUCAAAGCUGUACUUUUGGAUUCAACUGGCUUCCCCAACAUGAUAUAGAGGUUUCUUCCCCCAAGUUUAUAUUUUGACCAUGAAUAGUCUUGAAAUCUCCAUGAGGUAAGUGUAUAUUUGUUCCACCAGAUCAAAUUAUAUAAACCUGAAAAACAUUAACUUUGUUUCUUCAGGUCGGAAACUCAUCAUCAACUAAGCUAAACUUUUGGACAAACUGAUAAACUGUAAUUUGCAAAAUCUUUUUCCGCUUUUUACUAAUAAAAACAUAUGUUGUUAUAUUUGGAAUGUAUGUAGACUAUAGUCGAGCAAACAUGUGGCGUUACGCCUUAGAUUUGAAACACUUUAAAUUCAGAUUUCAGAUUUGUUUUUAAA